AUGAAUGGUAUGAAUGGCCAUUAUGGCCAGCCAAAUCCAAAUCCCUGGCAAGAAUACAAGAGUGAGGAUGGACGCGUUUAUUACUAUAACAAAAUUACCAAGGCAACCCAAUGGACGAAACCAGAAGAUUUGAUGUCGCCUGCUGAGCGCGCCCUGGCAAAUCAGCCAUGGAAAGAAUAUACCGCUGAGGGUGGUCGCAAGUAUUGGUACAAUACUGAGACUAAGCAAAGUUCUUGGGAGAUGCCCGAAGUUUACAGAAAAUCGUUAGGCCAUGAGGCUACCCCUUCGACCCCUAUACCGCCUACACCCUUCGCUCCAACCGGUUCGUUUUCAAACUCGGGUUACGAUCAACAUCGCGAUCAUCACGACCAUCAUCGCGACCACCGCGACCAUCGCGACCACCGUGAUCACCGUGACCACCGCGAUUUCCGUGACCACCGCGAUCAUCGUGACCAUCGAGAGACUUUUCCCGAGUCUCGCCAAUUAACUCACGGUAGUGACUUGCGUGUGCAGUCAUUUGUCCCAGCCAGCAACGAGCCCGAGUAUGCGACCCCCGAAGAAGCCGAAGCUGCUUUUAUGAAACUGCUACGACGUAGUGGCGUCCAGCCUGACUGGAAUUGGGAACAGACCAUUCGAGCGACCAUCAAGGACCCGCAGUACCGGGCAAUCAAGGACCCUAAGGAUAGGAAGGCUGCCUUCGAGAAGUAUUGCCAAGACAUGAUCAUUCAAGAUAAGGAGCGCGCAAAGGACAGAAUGGCAAAACUACGAGCUGACUUCGCUAUUAUGCUCAAGAGCCACCCCGAAAUUAAGCACUACACGCGAUGGAAGACCGCUCGCCCGAUCAUUGAAGGCGAGACGAUCUUUCGCUCGACCAAUGACGAAGACGAACGCCGCCAAUUAUUUGAGGAUUACAUUGUUGAGCUGAAGAAAGCCUACGUCGAAGGCCAAGCCAGCCUACGAAAGAGCGCCAUGGAUGGUCUCAUUGAUCUUCUUCCCAAGCUAAGCCUCGAACCCUACACGCGUUGGUCUGAAGCCCAGAAUAUUCUCAAAGCCACAGGUCCAUUUCAGAACGAUGAUAAAUACAAGGCUCUCAACAACUUUGACAUUCUCACCGCAUUUCAAAAUCAUAUCAAGUCCUUAGAACGGAGCUUCAACGAAACUCGACAGAAUCAAAGAAACAAGAAGCUGCGCAUCGAGAGGAAGCGACGAGAUGCUUUCGUAGAGCUACUCCGAGAGUUCCGUAGAGCUGGAACGAUUAAGGCGGGAACCAAGUGGAGUCAAGUGUAUCCUUUACUCGAGAACGAUGAACGCUUCAGAUCUAUCUGUGGUCAGGCUGGCUCAAGCCCCCUCGACCUCUUCUGGGAUAUUGUUGAGGAAGAGGAACGUGCUCUACGCACCACCAGAAACGAUGUUCUCGACGUUAUGGACGACAACCGUUUUGAGUUCACCCCCAAGACCACUUUUGAGGAGUUCUCAACUGUAGUCAAGAAUGAUCCUCGCACUGCUAACAUUGAUGGAGACAUAUUAAACCUCAUUUUUGAACGCCUCCAGGAGAAAAAGUCUAAGCGAUCUGAUGAAGACAAGCACACCGAACGUCAGCAGAGGAGGGCUACUGAAGAACUCCGCUCCUAUAUCAAGCACAUAGAACCUCCUGUUGCCGCGGAUGAUACCUGGGAGAAAAUACGUCCUCGUCUUGCUCGUGCGGCAGAAUUCCAGGCUGUCAAAUCUGAGGAUGCUCGUCGUGGCGCGUUCGAAAAAGUUCUUCGCCGUGUACGGGAUCGCGAGGAGGAAGAUAGGGAUCGUCACAAGCGCCGUGAACGAUCUCCUGAUCGUGGUACGUAUCGUGAUAGAGAUAGGGGAGAUCGAUCUCACCGCAGUGACCGCGCGCGACCGUCUCGCCACAGUCGUAGCCCCGAGCCCGAUGCGUACGAAGCAGACCGUCGCAAGGCCAUUGCCGAACGCGAGAAAAACUAUCGUAAGUCUAGUAUGGCUGAAACUCUGUUGUCUGAUCGUCGACCAUCGGAUACCUACCGAGAGCGCGAUGUCCGCGAACGCGACCGCGACCGCGACCGUGAUCGUGACCGCGAACGAGAGCGGGUUCGGGAUCGUGAUCGUGAGCGGGAUCGUGAGCGGGACUAUCCACCUCGAUCUAGGCGCGAAGAGCCACCGAGUCAUUAUGAGAGGGAAAGAAGGGAUCGCGAGGAAGAGCGUGAACGAUUAUACCGGCAUCGUGUUGAGAGAGGGCCCGUAGAAGAGCUACCUUACGGUGAUGAACGCCCGACUUCUUCUCGACGCCGAAGAGCUGAUGACGAUGAGGUUGAUCGUCGCGACUCCAGAGAUUCCAAGAGACUUAGAAGAGAGAGAACACCGCGUGAGCGUUCCCCCCAUCGUGAGAUUCGUCAGAAGACUAGGACACCGCCAGUAGUUCAACCCCCUCCGAAGGAAGAUCUUGGUGUUCAUUCGGGAAGUGAAGAGGGUGAGAUCGAGGAAGACUAA